AUCCAUGUUUUAUAUUUAAAAUGAAUUUCAAUGGUGAUUUUUUUGAUUAAAUUUUCUGUAAUAGAACAAUCCUUUACUAUUUCAUUAGCUUCGGAGGCCAAAAUGGUAAAAAUACGUUCUGCUUAUAUUAGAUGCCAUGAAAAUGGAGAGAGAGAGAGAGAGAAUCAAUUGGUUAGAGCAGAGAAGUGAAGGAGUGAAUGCGCUUGGUGAUUGAAAUAUCUUCUUACUGGCUACUAUUAUAUCCUAUAAAAAGUCUUUGGAGUGAUUGAAAGUUAUUGAUCCAAUCCCAACCACCUGCAAGACCAAAACUCUUUCAGAAGAGGUGUGCCAAUGGAAACAAAGAGCCAAAUGAGAGAUGAGAAGUAUGCUGCUGAUAUUUCCUCCAUAAGAGAAGCGCAAGUACGCAUCAGUCCAUUCAUACACAAAACACCAGUCCUCUCCUCAGAAACUCUUAAUUCUAUUGCUGGAAGGAAGCUACACUUUAAAUGUGAAUGUUUUCAAAAAGGUGGAGCAUUUAAAUUUCGUGGUGCAUGCAAUGCUAUAUUCUCACUCAAUGAUGAUCAAGCAGCUAAAGGGGUCGUAACUCACAGCAGUGGUAACCAUGCAGCAGCAAUAUCUUUAGCUGCGAAACUACGGGGCAUUGCAGCAUACAUUGUAAUACCAAAUGCUCCAAAAUGCAAAGUUGAGAAUGUCAUACGUUACAAUGGCCAGGUUAUUUGGAGUGAGCCCACUAUGAGGUCAAGGGAGGACAUGGCAACCAAAGUGUUGCAAGAAACCGGUGCAGUUUUUGUUCAUCCAUAUAAUGACGGACGCAUCAUAAGUGGACAAGGCACCAUAUCGCUGGAGCUUCUGGAGCAGGCCCCACAGAUAGACACUAUAAUAGUUCCUAUAAGUGGAGGCGGUUUGAUAUCGGGGGUGGCAUUGGCUGCCAAGUCCAUCAACCCUGCAAUUCGAGUUUUUGGCUGCUGAACCAAAGGGAGCAAUGAAUCAGGCGGCUCAUCUAAAGGAGCCGGUAGAAUUAUAACUUUGCCUGAGACAAACACCAUUGCUGACGGCCUUCGAGCUUUUCUUGGAGAUCUUACCUGGCCUAUUGUACGAGAUUUUGUUGAUGACAUCAUUACCGUGGAGGAUAAGGACAUAAUAGAAGCGAUGAGACUUUGUUAUGAGAUUCUGAAGGUUGCGGUGGAGCCUAGUGGCGCCAUAGGCCUUGCAGCCGUUCUGUCCGAUGACUUUAGGAACAAUCUAGCGUGGAAGGACUGCAACAACAUAGGAAUUAUACUUUCAGGGGGCAACGUUGAUCUGGGCGUACUUUGGGACUCCUUCCUUAAAUGAAAGGUAUGCUAGUUUUUGCUUGAUGGAAUCCUCCCACUCUGAACAACUGCAGCGACAUAGGAAUUUUACUGUAUACUUUGGGAUUCCAUUAAAUUAUAGGUACAUUAUUAGUUCUUGAUUAAUGUUAGUCCUCUUUUGGCAAAUAAUAUUUGCUCUUGGUCGUGAAAUGACAAUUAAGUUUCCUUUUACGGUGCCA